GCGAUGCAAGAUUUAAUCAGAUUAGUACAUGGAAACACUUCUGGCAUAAAGAGAUUGGUUCGAGAAUUCAGGGUGUUUUGGUUAAAACAGUCCCAAAAAACUCUCUCAGAUACCAGUUCCUCAAGCCAAGAGGAUAAGGGGAAUGAUAGUUUGGUUGUCACAGAAAAGGAAUCAGCUGUGGAUCAAUCUUUCAAUGAUGUCACCGAAACAGAAGACAAGCUGUCAAGAAAUGAUGAAAAUAAAGAUACAGAAAAUGUUAAAGAGGAAGGUUACGGUUGUUGUAUAAGUAAACGUCAGCUUGAAUUGAAAAUUUUGUCCAUUGCUGUUCGUGAGAGGCGUGAAGGCUUUAAAAAAAUAUGUUGGUAUGUCCAUGAAAAUAUCCUUAGCCAAUUUAGUAUGUCUGACAUUAAACUUCCUAACUCAUGGGUUUACUUCUCAAUCACUCCUGCCAAAAACAUUGUAUCAAAUGUCAAUAAAUCUAUUAACAUAGUGAAAGAUGACUGUGCAGCAGAAGUUAAUGAAUUGGAGAGGCAGGAGGAACAGGAAAUACCUGUAAAACCACAAGCUAAAGAUCAACGGUCUAUUAAAGAUUUUGCUCUUUCAAAAGAGGAGUUGGCUAAGAAGAAUGAGAUUCAGGCUGCUAAGGCUGUUGAAAUUUCUAACUUAAAAACAAACAUGUUAGAUACUCCCAAAGAAAAUAAGUUAAACAUAGCUGUUGAAAAUUCUAAUCCCAAGUUAGUCGUAUCAGAUACCCCCAAGUGUAUAAAAGCCAUAAACAAGUCUCUUCAAAGUUCUACCACCAAGUCAAUUGUCUCAGACACCACUAAAGAAGUUAAGAAAUCUAACAACCAAAGAUCCAUUAUGGAGUUUGCAAAGAAGCCAAAGUGUGGCAAAGACAUGCUUUAUGUAACCUCUGAGUCAAAACUGAAAAUGGCAAAGUGUACAGUAGGUCUUGAAGAGAUCAAUACAAAUUUGUAUAAUACUUCAAAUAAUAAAAAUGGAUCCAGAUCACACGAGUCGGAUUACAUUCUGAUCACAGAUUCUGAAGAUUCAGCUAUGUCUCCCUUUACCAUCAUGGGGUAUAUGACUGAUACUCCUGUAACUGAUGCACGAAACCCAUCUAUUUCAUCUACACUUGUGAAUUGUGACAAAGGCAUUGAAACUAUGGCGGACAAAGACAAUGAAGCUAUGGAGGAAAAAUGCAUUGAAGCUAUGGAUGAAGCUAUGGAUGUAGACUCAAUUCCUAAACUCCAAAACGAAUCCCUUUCAACAACUGAGAAAGUUAAUGUUGAUAGCAUUACCAUAAUGGAGUAAAUAAGUGAGAAUUUUGUGAACGAUAACAUAAUUUUAUAUUCUAAAGACUUGUUUUGACAUUGUUUAUGAUUUGUAUGUUUAUUAGAAUGUUAAAAUGCAUGUGUUAAAAAAUUGCGUAAGUAGCACUAAAGUAGUAAGACCUUUUUG